AGCCAUUUUGGCUCAAACCGUUCUCAGUCUUGCCUCGGCCGCGCCCGCCUCGCGCUCUGCAGCUGAGACUCGCUUGGGGAGAUGGCUACGGUCGGCUGCCAUGCCGCCCCCGAGGCGGCGGAGCAGCUCCGCGGCAUGGAGGCCCUCUCGCUGUGGCCCGCGCGGCGUGCGCGGCGGGCCGCGGCGAGGCAAGCGGCAGACGGGAGGCUGGCGGCUGCCUUUGCGCGCAUCGUGGAGCUGGAGGGCGAGCUACGUCGUGCGCGGGCGGCGGCCGCGGCCCCCGCGGUUCCUGCAGCUGCUGACUUCGAGGCCCGCGUCCUGCACGAGGUCGAGCUGCGGUUGCGCUUAAUGGCGCCGUGCAUCAGCCACGGGGUCAGGGCCGCCAUGCACGAGGAGGAGCAGGGGUGCGAGGAGAGCCGAGGGGCUCCCCCUCCUGCUCCCAGCUCGCUGGACGUCGGCAGGCGAAACACGGCGGCCCACCACUUCCGAGUGCAGGCUGCCGACAUCGCCCAGAUGGGCCAGCAGGAGCUCAACGCGGUGCAGCGCGAGGCGCGCAGGGCUGGCCCCCGCAGGUCUGCUCGGCGUACGUGGCGCGACCGCCCAGGAGGACAGCUACGGCAAGGGCGCGGCGCUGCUGGCCGCGGACGUGCUGAUCUUCCUCCUCGCACGGCUGGUGCUGCCCUUGCUCACCGCCGUGUGCCUGCCCAGCGCUCGGCGUCCGAGAGAGUGUCGACGGGCUGGGGCGUGGCCCGCAGGCGCGGGCGCAGCCUUCCCGCUGGCGCUCGCUUCGCGCUUGCUGAGCGCGUGUGCAGUGCUAGCCAGCCUCCCGUGGCCCCCUUGGCGUCUGGGCCGAUGUGGUGGCAAGCUGGCUUCGAGGAUGCGGAGGCUAGCGUUGCGGUGGCGCACGAGGGCUGCGACGUCGGCGGCUCGGCGGGCAUCGACGCUCCUGCUCCUCUGCCUGCUGCGCAUGGUGGUCUUCCUCAUCCUCUUCCUGAUCUUCCUGGCCCUGGCGAGGCGUGCAGCACGGCGUGCACUUUUUCUCCUCCUGUCGGCGCGGGCCCCAGUAUCGUCUCGGACUACCUGAUGGCCAACGAAGCUGCCCUCCUCUGCGGGAGCAGCGCGGUUGCCACCAGCGGCACGGACGUCGAGCGGGACACGCAGGAGGACGGCGGCCAAGUACAGGGACAGGACCGCGCCCCCAGCCCAUCUUCGACUUCUCCUCGCCUCGGCGGAUUCUACGGCGUCGCGCAGGAGCUCGGUGAGGAUGGAGGGGGUGCCGACGGCGCGGACGGCUUCGGCAGCGUGGACGGCGCCUCGGCCACGGCUGCUCCUGCGCGCGGGCCCGUGCGGCUUUUCGCGCUACGCCGCCACGUCUACGCGGCGACCGUGGCCCUCACGGUCGACCGCGACAUCCGGCGACCGGGCUGGCAGUGCGACGGCUGCGACGUAGGCUGCCGCUGGCCGAGAGUGGCUCCGCUCCCAGUUCGGGCUUGGGCCCCCGUGGCGGGCUUGGGCGAGCAAGGGGCGGCGGCGGCGCCCUCCCGCCUGAGCGGGCCGCGCUGAGGGGCUCGGCAUUCGGCCCUCAGAUGUCGGCGCUUUCCCUCGGGCGUCUUGCGACGGGCAAGCGCCUGAGUGAGUGAGGUGGGGAGUGCCUUCGGUGGCCUGGGCCUUUUCAGGUUCGGCGCGGGGUGGGUGGUGGCUCGCGUGGCCGCCUCACCUGACGGCGCACGCCCACGUGGCGCGGCGAGUGCGCGGCAUCUUGGGGGCCGCUGUUUGCGGAGCCUCCUGGCCGCAUUUUGCGGCUCUCGCCUUCUUGGCGGCAGGAUCGGCUCGUGCCGCGCGAGCUGCCUUGGUCUUAAAAAAAGUGGCUCUAAGCCGCAAUGUUUUAUGUGCGUCUGUUGCUAUAGAUUGCGUUUCUCCUGGGGCGCGAAACCUUCCUAGGAGGUCCCAGGAGGUCCCAAGAGGCUCCUGGAGACCCCAGGAAGCCCCAGUAGGUUUCAUGAGGCCCCAGGAGGCCCCAGGCUCAUGCACAGAGACGCGCUCGUACUACUGAGGCUCACUCACACUCCAAUUCAUUCGCAGUUAGAUUGAUGUCCAGACCGUCACAACUGAAGCCCGCUAAU